AUGGCUCGAGGAGAGGGCGAAUCUCUGGUUGAUCCCGCGUUUGCAGCAGCAAAUUUUUACCCACCAGCCAGUCCGUUCUUUCAGCUUCCGCUGGACGAAAAUGCCAACAAGAUAAGCAAAAUAACAAAGAGAUUCGUGUUUGGUUCGUCCAAGUUGGAAGAGCUUAGGGUCAAAGCUGCUACUGCAGACGUCGUAGCCAAACCUACCCGAGUGGAAAGUGUUACUGCACUUCUUUGGAAAGCCUUCGUUGCAUCCUCAAGCACAAAUACUUCCGACACGAAGAUUUUGAUCCAACCAGCUAACUUGCGCCCCAAGAUACCUUCCUUUCUGCCAGAAAACCUAAUCGGAAACGUCAUGUUCUCUUCUGCAGUCUUGAGUGUUAGUCGAGGAGAGAAUGUUAAAAUUGAAGAGGCCAUUAAAGACUUGCGAAAAAAGAAAGAGGACUUAGGAGUUGUAAUCAAAGAUGAGGAUGGGUCAACGUCUUUGAAGAUUGGUGCUAAACUAGCAAAUCUGAUGCUCGGUAAAUUUGCAAUGUUGAGCUAUGAGACUCACCAACCCUACACAGUGAGUAGUUGGUGCAAGUUACCUCUUUAUGAGGCAAGUUUUGGAUGGGGAUCGCCGGUUUGGGUCGUCGGCAAUGUUGCUCCGAUGUUGGACAAUGUAACUAUGUUGAUGGAUUCCAAGGACGGACAAGGAAUUGAAGCGUUGGUCACAUUACCUGAAGAAAACAUGAUGUGUUUUGAACAGAACACAGAACUCCUUGCUUAUGCUUCUAUGAAUCCAAGUGUCUUGGUCGAAUAG